AUGGAGAACGAGAACACAGAUCUGACAGCUCGGCGGAAACCAAUGGCAGCCAACUCGCUGCUUUCUGUGUACGAGCAGAAGUUCGAGGCGUUCAAGACGCUCAAAUCAAAGAGAACAGAGCGGUAUGGCCACAACAACAGUGCUGCGCAGCUUAUUAUGUCCCAGAGAGACCCCAAUCGCAUGGUCGACAGCAGAGAGGACACGAUCGAGACCUCGUCGUACGUCCUGGGCGACAGCAAUGGCGAUUUCAGCGACAGCGAGGACGAGCAGAAAAGCGGGCUGUUGUCGAAGGAGCUGCCUGUCAAGACGCGGGAGCCCGUUCUGAGCGGUCUCUCUGGCUCGCUUCAGUACAGCGCUCCGUCCGUAAGAGCUGCAGAGGCUCCUGAGUCGGGGCCGGCCGACCACAGUGACGACGACGACGAGCAGAACGAGGGGGGUGGGGAUGGCGAUGAUGAUGAGCAGGAAGAGGACGAUGAAGAUGAGGACGAUGAAGAUGAGGACGACAAUGAAGAGGAUGAGGGAGACGAGCUGGAGUCGCGCAUGGACGAGUAUUCGCCGAGUAUCAUGCCGUCUGGCGUUCAGCCGCUCACAGAAGCCACGUCUGGUGUUCCAAACUGGGAGCUGAACCUGAUUUCGCCCAAUAUCCCAGACCUCAGGUACAAUGACUGCAAGAAGGCGGGACAACUUAGAAAAGUGUCGGAGGAGUCUGCAAGGUCGGUAGCCUCGAACUCUACAUCGGCAACCAGAUAUACCAAAGUGGCCUUCAAGCCCCAUGGAGAGCCUCUAGCUCCAAAAAACACUCCCCUGAUGUUGCAGAAUAUUGCUCCGUCGCCAGUCUCCUAUGCCUGUCCUUUCUACAAUACCAUGGAAUACAACCCCAACUGUCCUACCAACGAGUCGCUAUUGAUGACAAUUCUAAACCACGAGAUGGACAAUUUAGAUCUCGAGCCAGCUGGUGUGCCUCUCAAAGAGCAGCUGCGCCGCUUUCUUUAUCGUGUGUGGCAUCUGGGCGACAUGAGCGCCAAAGAGUAUCUGGAAAGGUAUCCAUGGGAGCGAUAUUACGAUCUUUCUGGCGAAUUUGUAGACGAUACCGACGACAAAGAAGAGUUCAAUUUCGACAUGAUGCCUCUGAGUGCCAAUAUCAACCCUUUCAUUGCCAAGUCCGAUUCUAUGAGAAAUAAGAAAUCGCACGCGUUUGUUGCCAAGAGCGGUGACGAGUAUUAA